GUGACCUCACGGCUAUCGCAGGCAGGGGCAGGUAGAUACUAGACAGGUGCUGUGCAGGUUUGGCGCUGAGGUGCCGUCGUCCCUGCCGUAAGAAGCAACCCAGCCUUAGGCGGGGGGGGAGUAAGUCCCCGUUGGCUAGCUGCCAACCUCGUGAAGUGCAUAAGUGUGGUGCUACAGCAGCUCUUCUAGUGGGAGGGGAAGAAGAGAGAGAGAGAGGGAGGAACUCGAAGCAAUGGCAUUGGUUGAAGGCGAAGGAAGGGAGGUAGUACAACGAACAGGCGGACCUGUGAUAGGCAUCGACCUCGGGACUUCUUUCUGCUGCGUGGCAGUUUGGAGAAAGGAUGGUGUGGAGAUCAUCCCUAACGAGAAUGGCAAUCGCAUCACUCCUUCCUGUGUUGCUUUCGUUGACUCUGAGCGACUGGUUGGCGACACCGCGAAGAAUCAAGCGGCCAUGAAUCUGCAGAACACGGUGUACGAGAUCAAGCGGCUCAUCGGACGCAAGUUCAACGAUCCAACGGUCCAGAAAGACGUUCGUCUAUGGCCAUUCAAGGUCAUCGAAGGAUCGGGGGGCCAGCCGCGCAUCCAGAUUAAGACCGAGCAGGAGGCGGAGAAGCUGUACAGCCCGGAAGAGAUCUCUGGCAUGCUGUUAAGAAAGAUGAAGCAGAUCGCCGAAGCUUAUCUCGACUGCCAAGUCAGGGAUGCAGUGAUUACCGUGCCUGCAUAUUUCAACCAGGCGCAGAGACAAGCGACUGAGGACGCCGGAGCCAUAGCUGGUCUCAAUGUGCUCAGGAUAGCCAACGAGCCCUCGGUGGCCGCGUUGGCAUACGGCCUUCACAAGGAUUGUUUGUUCGUUGAGCAGAAGAAGAAGGUGAUGGUGUUCGACCUCGGCGGAGGCACCUGCGACGUCGCCAUUAUGGAGAUGGGCUCCAAAAGCUGCACUGUGCAAGCUCUGUCCGGGGACACGCAUCUGGGAGGAGUGGACUUCGACGAGCGACUGCUGGAUCAUGUGAUCGAGCGCCAAAAGGGCCGUGACACUUCCAUCUUGAAGAACCCGAGUCGCUUGACCUGUCUGCGGAGAGCAUGUAUGCUGGCCAAGCACGAGCUGUCAUCCCGCCACAGCGCCAUCGUGGAGGUGGACGCUAACGCCGGGCAAUUCGUGAGCGUCAGCCGGGCGGUGUUCGAGGAGCUUAAUCGAGAUCUGUUUGAGAGGUGCAUAAAUAAAGCCAAAGAAGCUCUCGAAGGAGCGCACGUCCAGGCGUGGGACAUCUUCGAGGUCAUUCUUGUAGGCGGGUCUACUCGAGUCCCAAAAAUUCAGUCCAUGCUUAAAGAGCUCUUCGGCGGACGAGAUCCUAAGAAGUCCAUCAGUGCCGACGAAGCUGUUGCCUACGGUGCUGCGGUGAUGGGGGGGAUGCUAACCCAAGAAACCACAUCUCAGCUCAAAGAUCUGACGGUGGUUGAGGUCACUGCGCUAAGUAUAGGAGCCGGCAUCGGCGGCUGUGAAAGGGACACGGAAGAGAUGUGGCGAAUGGAGAAUGUCAUCCAGAGGAACACGGCUCUCCCGGCAUCGGGGGGGACCACGCUGUCCACAGCAAGCGACAACCAAACUAGUGCUUGCAUCCCCAUCUACGAGGGAGAGCGCAUUAUGUGCAAGGACAAUCACUUCAUUGGGUCUUUCUUGUUGGAUGGACUGCAGUGCUUGCCGAGAGGACAGGCAGAGGUAAGGCUGACCCUGAACGUGGACCUGAACGGACUAAUCCAUGCGCAGGCUAUGGAAAUCCGUACUGGGAGGAUGAGCUUCGCGACUUUCAGGGGGGAGGAAGCAAGAUUGACAGGCGAUGAGAUCAGGAAGAUGGAAGAGGAGGCGAGAAUAUAUCAGGAAUAUGAUGAAGUGACCAGGAGGAGGUGGGAGGCGAGAAGCAGACUGGAGGACAAGAUUUACCAAGUGCGCAGGCAGCUGAAAAUGACCGCACCAUCGACGAAUGCGGGCAGGCUUCUUGAGGAGAACGUUGGGCGAUUGAUGAGCUGGCUAGAGUCGCACAAGGUUCUGCCUACAGUAGAAGAGUGUGAAGGGGAGACGAGAGUGCUUCGGACUCUGUGCGCUGCUGCUGUUGGCAUACGCUUCCCCGAUCCUUGAUUGACGCUAAGCCAACGACGUUUUUUUUUUUUUUUUUCCGCCCUCAAAUAGAACACCUUCCUCCCUUUAAUCGUGAACGCGUCGAGGGCAGUCGAACACACAGCUCCGCGCAUGUCGAAGGAAUUGUGUGCUGUCGCUUCCCUGCUUCUCUGUCUGCGCUUCUCGCGUUUAUGUUUGUGAUUCUUCUUCCUCAGCUUUGUUACUUCGUUUGAUGACGUCAUGGUAUUGUACUACUGUCUUCACCCGAAUAGAACGCCCGGUCAUUAUCGCCGCAUCUGGACCGAAAGUUGUGUCAAAUACCAGCUAUGAUGACCGGACGUUCUAUAAUUCGGGUGAAGACGGUAGGCUAAGUUGCGUAUUGUACUUAGUCUCGUGAUGAUCUAGGAAGUCGGUGUUCACGCCUAGUGCAGACGGUUGGCUGUGUUCUAGCAUGGUGAUGUGUGUUUAGGGAGUCGGUGUUGGUUGUGUUUUUUCCGGUCUUUCGCACUGUUGGUGCAUGUCACGUAGGGAUCCCGGCCAAUCAGAGAUCGUUGGGAUGACUCUAGCGGAUGUUGCGAUGCCACGUGGCUUUUCAUUCUUUUUGUACAUAUAUACAGAGUACACAGUCAGUUCUUGAGUCGCGUUUAUGUGUAAUCCUUUUGUUUCGUGGUCGUUGGGCGGCCGCGGCCCGGGGGAGGCUCGAUGAAGAAAACCCGUUUAACCCGAUCUCCAUCGAAAUUGCCGAGGAGAAUGACCGUAGUCAUGGUAUAGUGUAGUGAGCUUGGAAGCGCAAGCGGAAUCUAUAGCGUUUUCACCCGAAUAGAACGCACGGUCUUUAUCGCCGUCUCGGAGUCUCCAGAGUCCAGACCGAGCGUUGUCCCAAUCCAAAUACAACUGUGAGGACCAUGUGUUCUAUUCGGAUGAAGCCUGGUAGUUGUCAUUGCACGUAAAGUCCGCCAGCUGCUGUCCGCAAACAGUUCUCGAUAGAAGAAUUCAAGCCUAAAAAAGCCUAGAAGACGGAAAAGAGGCUGAAAAAGCAUAUUCAGAAAGAGGGACCAGAGGGUUAAUCAUACUGCUGGUUGAACCUUCUACCUUCUUCCCCUGAACACAACGCCGCACCAUCAUGACUGACUGAAUGUUGGACAGGAAUUUGCAUGGCAUUGUAUAGUAAAAGUCUUAAGCAUUG